UAACGGUUCCUCUCCACUGUUCCUUUCUACAGAGCGAAUGUACCGUAGAUGCUGCUCUGAACUGAGUUCUGGAAUUAUACAACUCAGGAUGGACCCUAAGAUUCAGCUGAGGUGGAUGGCUGUAUGUCUGUUUUUCAUACUAAGAGGGUCCCUUGCUCAGAACCCUAGCCCCACAUCCAACAACCAACCGCUGGAAAUGACACUUGUGGCAAACAUUUCAACCACAUCCUCUCCAGCCCAAAUCGAUGGGAAAAUGGCCACCACCAAAGCCAGCCAGGCCACCUCUGGACCUCAAACUGUUAACACAACAGUUGGCACCGAUCUCAGCAAUGCUCCCACAGUGAAUGUCACUGGAUCAGCUCCCACAAACAAGUCAAUAACACCCACUUCUAAGUCCUUAACUAUGACAGUGAAACCAUCUCCUACCACCUCUGGAAAUACAGCCAACAGAAAUAAGAGUUGGGAUGACCCUUUCAAUUAUGACUACAAAUACCUUCGUACUGUUGGGUUGUCGAUCUCAGCAAUCCUCUUCAUCCUGGGAAUCAUGGUCAUUUGCUGUGGUAAACGAAGAUGUACAUUGCCCAGGUGCCAUACGUGCAAAGGAAAGUCAUACCAAGUGGCCAGAAUGCACUGAUGGGAUGACAUGAGGUGAAGCUGCUGAGUGGCCUCAAGACAACAACCGAGUUAAUCAGGAGGACACUGGGAAAAAACUACGAGUUUAUUCCUGCCCUUAACAUUCUUCAUCCUGAUCUUGACCUGAUCUUUGUCUUCACUUACAGUAACAUUUCUGCUCAAAAUCAGAUCACAAUAUUUCUCCAUAAUCAGCUAAACCUGUUUAAAAAAUAUUGGCACAAUCAGAAUAUGAACACGAUCAGAGCAAAGGACACAUGUUAAAAGCAGGUAUAAACAGAACUCAUGCAACAGACCUUGUCCAGUGUGUGUGUUUGUGUGUGUGUGUGUGUGUGUGUUUGCCCGUUUGUGCAGAGGAUGGAAAUACUAUAAGAAAUGUUUCAUGUGCCUUUCCCACUGACUGCUAGUGCAACUUAAACAACAUUAAGACAUUAUAAAAUGACCCCCUCAUUACUGUUCUAAACAGAUUUUUAUGCAAGUUUAAUUAAACUUUGUUUCUUUGUAUAUGUUCAAAUGCUUACAAAAUGUUACAGAACACAUAAAUAGAUGUUACAUAGCUCUAAGGCGCCCCCAAGAGCAUUGUGAACAGUACUGAAUUUCAUGCCUGGUUUUUAACAUAUUAUCAUUUAAAUUUUAUCUGUACAUUUGUCCCCAAUGUUAGGGCAUUUUGUGUAAUAAAUUACAUAUUUUUCCUGUU